AUGAAUGGAAGUUUGAGCAAAUAUACAAUCAUAAAGAUUGCUCAAACCUAUAUAACGUAUGAUAGAAAGCGUAUAAAGUGGUCUGGAAGCUUUGACAUGCUGCAAAGUUUCGUUGAAUGUGGUCUUAAAUUACAUGGCAAUUGGUCGUCGCCGGGUGGUAAUGCAAAAAAGUUUACGUGCCUCAAUUCGGACUUAACUAUUACUUGGUAUGCCAGAAAACAAAAUACACUUGUGCUUCACGGCGAUGCAAGUUUGGCUCUAGCAAAUACGUUGAUUACAGUGUGUGGGGCACCAACUACAUCAAAUGAGUUUACGGCGAAACCGAAUGCAGUUGAGGAUGGCGAAUUAUCGGAUAAUAUUUGUAUGCCGACAAUAUGUAGUGUCAUAGAGCAAAGGCAUAACAACAAUACUAACGCGGUUACUGCUGACUCGAUUGUUGAUAUGACUACAGAAAUACCUAAUCAGUCUUUCAAGAGUGAUGUACAUUCAGAAAAGCUUAAGGUCAGAUCAAAUUCACUCCCUUGUAAUGUAGUGCAUGAUUUCGAGCACGGUUGUCAAUGUAGGCUGCUGGCAGCAGACCUUGAAGAGGUUAAGUUUGAUAUGGUGAUAUAA